GCACUUCGUGUGGGUCUCGGCCUCCUACGUGCUGAUGGCCGUCUAUUUCCAGAUGAUGCUGCUCUUGGUAUGGCCCAGCGAGGACGAGGCGCACAUGCCGCGCCGAUUCCGCGCGGUCCUCUUCAUGGACGUGUUCGAGGACGGCGGCCAGGACCCCGUGCAGGAGCGGGCCCCGGGCGGGCAGGGCCGUGCCCCGCCGCUGAUCAGCGCCCGCCGGCUGCGGCGGGCGGAGGCCGCGCUCCAGCGCGCCCGCCACGCCGUGCGGCGCUGGGAGGCGGUGCCCGCUGGGCCCUCCGCCGAGCAGGCGGCGCAGCUCAAGCAGGCGCGGGGCGAGCUGGCGGGCUGGUACGAGGUGCUCAACGGCGAGGUGGCCCUGCGCGCCGGCAGGCGCGGCGUCCACCACGAGGCCACCCGGCUCGUGGAGAUGGACGACCGCACCUGGGACGAGCUGCUGGACGACGAGCAGGAGGCGGACCCAUACUCGCAGCACUGGACGGGGCCGUUCCAGCAGCAGACGGGGCUGGGGGAGUCGGCGAGGUACUUCUUCGACCUGGAGGCCCACGAGUUCCGCUGGACGCAGGAGGCCCGCGCCUUGACACUGCACCUGGACGAGGUCUCCGAGCUCGUCAACCAGGCCGGGGACGAGGUGCGGCAGGCGCUGAACGAGGACGAGGACGACCCCGUCGCCGAGUCGUCCGACGACGGGGAGAGCCACGGGGCGGGCGAGCGGCGGGCGCGGCAGCUGCACUCCACCGACUCCGACGGGGUGGCCCCCGGAGAGCUCCGCAGAAGGACGCUGUCGGCGAACGUCGGGCAGGCCUUGAACUGGGCGCAGAGGGGCAUCCAGGACCGGAUGUUCUUCAAGCCGCAGAGGUUGCCCUGGCAGGUGAUAAAGGGUGGCACCCGCGCUGUGCAGUUCGCGUGGCUCGGGAUGGCCGUCAUAGGGUUGCCGG